AUGGCACCCAAGGUCAGGCAGCAAGUUGAGGCAGUGUCUCUUGGGCCUCAAGUGCGCGAGGGCGAGAUCGUGUUCGGCGUCGCGCACAUCUAUGCCUCCUUCAACGACACCUUCGUUCAUGUGACGGACCUGUCCGGACGCGAAACGAUCAUGCGCGUCACGGGUGGGAUGAAAGUGAAGGCCGACCGCGAUGAGUCAUCUCCGUAUGCAGCCAUGUUGGCGGCGCAGGACGUUGCUGCACGGUGCAAGGAACUCGGCAUCGGUGCGCUCCACAUCAAGCUCAGGGCAACGGGUGGCACGAAGACCCGCACGCCCGGUCCAGGUGCGCAAAGCGCCCUCCGAGCCUUGGCACGCUCCGGGAUGAAGAUCGGCCGCAUCGAGGAUGUGACCCCCAUCCCUACGGACUGCACCCGCCGCAAAUGUGGACGUCGCGGCCGCAUCGCGCCAGCCAUGGAGUGUCUCGGUCGCCCAGCACAGAUCGCAUCACGUCUCGGGAUAACGGACAUGAAGCAGGUCCGGGAGAGUUCAGCCAAGUCUUUGGGAGUGGAGAGGGCACGGGGCGGGGCACGGGGAGCCUCGGAGGAGCUCCCAGCUGCCUGCCGAAGUGGGAAUGAAGAUGCGGUCAAGGCAUUCCUGCAGAAAGUGGUUGGCCCCAGGGGGCUCAGCGACUGCGAGGAGGCACUCUUCGAUGUGUAUGGAGAGUCGGUCCUUCAUCAUGCCGUGCACGGUUCUCACAUAGAGGUGGCACAUUUGCUUCUGGAUGUCGGCCUCGUGCAGGUCGAUAUUCCGAAUGCCCGGAACGAAACCGCGCUGGCCAUUGCAUGUCGCAAAGGGGAUGCCUCCAUGGCUUCCUUUCUGCUGAAGGCAGAUGCGAACCCAAACUGUGCCGAUUCCAACGGCCUCACACCGUUUCUAGCAGCGGUGCUGGGUGGUGCCAACAGUGACUUCUUGGAGAUGCUCUUAGCGGCGAGCGUGAGAUCGUCUUGCGUGGAAGCGGAGUUUUAUGAUGAUGUUGCCAUUGGAUGGAACGAGCUGUUCGAGGAAACGGCACCCGCUGCAGGCCGGGUGAGAGAAUCGCCCAGCGGGCUGCCAGUCCCUCCGCUUCCAGCGAAGAGGAAGACGCGGCCGCCACCAUAUCUCCGCAUGGGAGGUGGCAAGAAGAAUGCAAUCGAGCAUGGCAUCAAGUUCGCCAGGUGGGUUGGUACGCAGACGCCGCUCUGGCGAGAUCGGCAGGAAGCUGUUUCAAAGUUUGCUGCAGCCAGAAGGAGCAUGGAGAAACCUCCAGAGCGACUUCUCAGAUGCAACUCCAGAGACCCCAGCCCAUCUUUGUCCUCGGACGAAGUGAAGGCGUUGAAAGCGUCUCCCAGCCCCAAAGUGCUUGUAGCGAGUGCUUUCGCGGCAGCAGAGCAGGGCCAGGAAUUCGACUGCGCCAGGCACAUUUGGUCUCUAAAGACUUUGCCCCGUGGGCCUGAUGUUCGCAAAGCUGUCGAUGCACCUUGCGAUGAUUUAAGGACGACCCUGUUGCAGAAAGUUGCAGCCAAGGGAUUCGAGCGACCGCUCUCGUACCUACUGGACAUGGCUGCCAAUGUGAUGCACAAAGACGCGGAUGGGCGCACUGCCUUGCACAUGGCUGCCGGCCAGGACAAGGAGGACAUCGCGAAGAUGUUGCUCUCUCGCGGGCACGCGCACGUGAAUGCGAGGGAUAAGGAUGGAAAGACCCCCCUCCAUGUCGCCUUAGCGGGAGGCCAAAGGAACUCCGAGAAAGUGGCCAAGGUCCUUCUCCGCUUCGGUGCAGACGCCCAGGUGGUGCAAGCACAGGUGCAGGGCCUUUCGGAGGAGUUCCAGGCAUGGAUGGAUCGGCAUGUUCAACGGCAGGAACACCUGGCCAAGCGAGCCGGCAAAAUCAACUGGAACAGACGGGUCAAGGCUUUGGGCACAUUUCUUCCUGCCCAUGUUGUGGCCCCAAAACUGGUUCUCACCCCGGUCGGUUACUGCCCGGUGGAGGAGGACGGCAAGCAGGUUCAGCUGAAGCGCGGGAUCCGCUACGCGAAGAAGCGCCGCGGUCCCUCCGAGCCGAGGGGUCGAGAACGGCUGCGCUUCUGCCCCAUAAAUCAGAUCAGGAAGCCGGCUGAGAUCGUGGACUUGGAGCUCGACCAGCUUCGAAGCCAGCUUGGAGCAGAACACGGACGAAGACGCAAGGAGAUGCGGCAACUGCGCCGCCUGCGCCGCCGUUGUCGAUUGCAACCACACGAGGACUUGGAUGAAGUGGAGGAGCGCCUCGGGGUUGGGAAGCUCUCGCUGGAGCCGCUCGGCUCCGAGGGCCUCCGCUCGGCCAGGAGCCCUCGACGUCCAGAUCCUCCGAAGCUUCGGUGUCAGGGACUCAGAGCCCGUCGCGGCAAUGCCCUGCAUGCGCGAUCUGCGAGGAUGCAGUGCCUUCGGGACGACAUGCUGGCCCGUUUGACACACGGAGCUCCCACCUGCAACAUGCCGGUUGAGACAUCCGUGAGCUUCAUUGCAAGUGUGCCGUCCCGGUUCCCGGUCCUCGGUCUCACCCAGUUUCACCUCGCCUUGAGUGGCAACUUGAAGCUGAUGAAGUGGUUGACCAGCCACGCCGUCGAGUUGGACUUGCAGACAGAACACGGCACUUCUGCUCUCAUGCUGGCCUCCAAACGUGGCCUGGCAGAGGGAGUGGCUCUGCUGCUUGCGGCCAAAGCCAACCCGAAUCUCUCGGACAAGGCCGGCUGCAGCGCUUUGAUGCAAGCCGUGGGCCGCCCAGAGGUGACGGGGCUCCUCCUGGAGGGCGGUGCUUCGGUGGACUUAGUCGACUCGGCCGGCCGCAACGCACUCUUCCACGCCGUCAUCAGCGGUGAGGUGCCGGCGGUCGAAGCGGUCCUGGCUCGCGGAGGUCGCAUCAACAUUCUGGACGAGGACGGGCGGUCACCCCUUUACCAGGCUUGCCUCAUGGGUGCGGCGACCCUUGCAAAGCUGCUUUUGGCAGCGGGUGCAGAUUCGAACCUGGCCGGGCGCGCGGCUCCUGUACGGCCGGCCAGUGAAGAGGAAAACGAGGACGGCGCCGCCAGAGUGCUUCUUGAAGAGUCCCGCACAUGCCUCCAGGUCUGCGCGAUGCUUGCUCACAACGAGCUGAUGCUGUGCUUACUGGAGCACAGUGCGGACAUCAACGCAGCUCCUGGCAGUCUAGGCUGGAGCGCCCUGCACCUGUGCUCAGCGGUGAGCAACCAGGAAGGUGCCGAGCUGCUCCUGUCGCGGGGAGCCUCCGCCUUGCUCGAAGACGUUGAGGGAAACACGGCAAAGAGACUGGCGGAGCGCGCAGGAAACGACCUGCUCGUGGAGCUGCUCUCAGAGGUGCAGCAGAUACCAGAAGGCGUUCCAUCCACUCCAGCACGGCGCAAGCAGAUGAUGAAGGGACAGCUGCCGCCGUUGACGAACAGUGCGGCAGAAACGGAGGCUCCCGAAGAUCAGGAGCUUCUCGAGGCGUUUCGAGAAGAGUGGGAGCCCCGUGAAGCGAUGGACUCAUUGCUCGACCGCGUCUUCGGCCCCAUGGUUCACGAUGCCAUGCUGUGCGAACAGUGGCGUGACCGACUUGAGGCCCAUACCUAUGUCCACCAAAACUUUGCCCAGGUGAACACUAAUGCUGCGGACUUGGUGCGAGCUGUGAGCGAGGCCACACGUAUUGCUGCCAAGGACAAGAUGCCCAAGGUGUUUCACGCGGCGCUCGCCACCUUGGAAGAGCUCUUGUCCGAUGCGCGUAUUGAUGAGAUCAGCACAGAAGACUUUUUAGGGAUGUUGCGAUUCGAAGAGGACACUGAGAAUCUUGUGGCGGUUCUUUUGGACAAGACCGAUGUGGGUGGUGGUUCGAGCAAAGCUACCUCACCCCAGCAGGCAGCUGCCACCGCGCUGUGUUCCUGCGUGCUUCAUGGUCGCGUACCUUUGGACGAAGCGGCUUGGCCUUUGCUGUCUCGAAUCGCAGAGCGACUUCGAUCGAUCCAAGGGUCCAAGGACCGGUCAGAGCAGGCCAAGACGCCGAAGUGUCUGGCAGCCAACUUGAAGUUGCUGGGUCGCAUGCUGAACGCAUUUGGCUUGCAGCAAUCUGGCCUGUUUCGGCGUGCUAUUGUGCUACCUCUGCUGCUCCUCGCAUGCAGCGCGGAGCACUCGAAAGUCCGGGCAGCAUCGGGCGACUGCCUGCUGCAGCUGCUGGCGCUCAGCGGAGGCAUGGAGGAGCGGUUGUGGAGCCUCCUUCCUCCCAAGGCCCGCAAGCGCAUCGAAAGUUUGGCUUCCGGCCACGAGGGCAUCGCCCUCUUGUCGGCAGUGGCGUGCGAUGAGGAUGCCGCAGCCAAGGAGGACAUUGUGGCAGACGAUAGUCGUGCAGGUUCCUUCAUCUGUGCAUCCGAGCUGAACCAGCAGGUCUGGGCCAGUCUCCAGGCUGGCCAGGCCGAGAUUGCCAGGCCGCCUGCGGCGCCGACUGACGGUUCCGAGCAAGCGGGCGCUGAUGACGGAGCGGCAGAGGCUUUCGGUCAGUCUUUCUCAAGCAAGAACUGGCAGGAGCGGGCGGAGAGUAUCAGCAAAUUGGCUUCGGAGCUUCUCACAGCUGGCAGCGGUGUCAAGUGCCUGGCGGAUGCCGAGGGGGCUGGUGCCACAGGCCCACUUCUGUCUCAAUACGUGCUGUCGGGGCUUAGAAUUUCAAUGCUGCAGGCCCAGCUAUCGGCUUUGCUGUCAGACACGGUGACGGCCGUGUUUGUGGGUGCCGCCGAUCUGCUCCGACUGAUCUGCAGCCAUGUGCCGCUGUACAUCGCGCCGCUCUUCUUGGAGCCUUUGCUUCCCCAGCUCUUCGCGCGGCUGCUCGACACCAGCCAGAAGGUGAGGCAGAAGGCGGUGGAGACCACGUUAGAGGUUGGAGCCUUGCAUGGCAACGCGUUGAGCGAGAUGGUUGUGCAAUGCGUUGCCAGUGGCAGCGCGUGGACAUGUGCAUCACAAACAGCCGUUGACCGGAAUGGUAGCGACCGCAGUGCUGGACCGCGGCUGCAGCUGCUCGGUCAAAUGGUGAAGCGAGUGCAGGAUCGCGCCUCUGGCUGGUCGUCAGAGACCUGGAACGCCCUGGCGGAGUAUGCUCUCAAGGCCUCGGAGAACAAGAGUGCUGAGGUCAGAAAGGAGGCUGCGAACCUCCUGAAUGGCAUGGCUCAAGUUGAAGGCCAAGCAGCCGAGAUUGCCGAGGCCGCGCUGGCUCAGCUCAAGGCGAUGGCUGACGAGAAGGCCAGGCAGAAGAUGCGGCCAGGCACCGGUGUCAGGCCAUUGACGGGGACGAGAGUGGGCACGGCGGGGUCCCGCCCGAGCACAGGUGCACAAAGCAACCUCGGGGGCACUGGCAAGUUGUCAAACAUGGGAUCAACUGGAGGUUUCACCUUGACGAUGAACUCUUCAGGCCGCCUGAGCACUGCAAACAGAUCUCGGGGGACAGGCUCAAGUUUUCGUCCCGGCACGGGGAGAAGGCCUGGCACCGGCAUGAGCAGGGCGACCAUGGAGGACGAGAGCGACAACUCCGUGCACAGCGAGGCCCCGGCUGUCGAGGCGGAGCCGGGCCCUGGUGGUUUCGAUGAGGCCUGCGGGGCAUCUCUCCGCAGGAGUUUCGCCUCUUUGUUCAUGCCGUCCACAACUGCGCCUUGA